CGCAGCUUCCGGUUGGCAAGAUGGUGGCGCGCAGGAGGAAGCGUGGGGAGCGGGACUCAGAGCAGGGGAUUCCGAGCCCUCCCGGUUACUCCGCCAUCCCGAUCAAGUUCUCAGAAAAGCAGCAGGCUUUUCACUACCUCUAUGUGAGAGAGCACAGAGUUCGAGAAGGCACCAAGUCUUCCUGGCCUCAGAAGCGGACCCUCUUUGUUCUCAAUGUGCCCCCAUACUGCACAGAGGAGUGCCUGUCCCGCCUCUUCUCCCCCUGCGGCCCCGUCCAGUCUGUGGGGUUACAGGAGAAGCCAGAACUCGCUGACAGCCCAAAGGAGCCAAAGUCGAAGUUUUUUCACCCCACGCCCAUUCCGGGCUUCCAGGUAGCCUAUGUGGUGUUCCAGAAGCCAGGUGGGGUGUCUGCCGCCUUAGUCCUGAAGGGCCCUUUGCUGGUCUCAACAGAGAGUCACCCUGUGAAGAGCGGCAUUCACAAGUGGAUCAGCGACUACACAGACUCAGUGCCAGAUCCUGAGGCCUUGAGGGUCGAAGUGGACACGUUCAUGGAGGCAUAUGACAAGAGGAUAGCUGAGGAGGAGGCUAAGGCCAAGGAGAAGGAAGGGGUCCCGGACGAGGAGGGCUGGGUGAAGGUGACCCGUCGGGGCCGGCGGCCCGUGCUGCCGCGGACAGAGGCUGCUAGCCUGCGGGUGCUGGAGAGGGAGAGACGGAAGCGCGCCCGCAAGGAGCUGCUCAACUUUUACGCCUGGCAGCACCGAGAGACCAAGAUGGAGCAUCUAGCCCAGCUGCGCAAGAAGUUUGAGGAAGACAAGCAGCGGAUUGAACUGAUGCGGGCGCAGCGCAAGUUCCGACCCUACUGAGCCGAGCUGGUCCUGGGGAUCCCUGGAAGGGGGCGGUGAACGGUGGCGGUCCACGGCCGGGGAGGACCUGAAGACCUGGAACACUCGUCCUGGACAGCCCAGGCCCGGGGGCUGCCAGAUCUGAGGCCGCGCGGGUGCAGGUGGAAGGACAGGGCCCUCCCGUGGGUCCGGGGUGCAGCAGCGUUGGGCACCCUGCUGGCAAGACCUGCCCAGCGUGAGGGCGUGGGCCGCCAGGAGCCACCAGCCCAGGCCGCGCUUGUUUCCUCCUCCUGGUCUCUCUGUUCCCAGCCUGCCCCUGGCCUUCCCUUUCCAGCUGAGUGUCUCUCCCCUCCCGUCAGUGGAAGAGCCCCUCAGAAGCAGUGAGAAUACAAGAACCGUUUUAUUUUUCAUCCAGCUGGGCAGUCACCUGGCCUCUCCUCCCUCCAUCUGCUACCCGCUCUCUGCAGAUUAUCAGCCACGAAACAGACAAUGCCCCCAAAUCCAAACACGGUCUCCCCCUUGAAGUCACAAAUGUUAAAAAGAAUCUUGCCCCGUGUCCCCCCCCAAAUUCUGCCCAGGAUUCUCUGCCUCAGCACCUGCUGGGCUUCAGACCAAUGAGGCCUGUCCCCACCACACCCGGCCUGGCUGGGGGGCCCGGCACUAGGGAUCCGGGUGCCGAGUGGUGGGUACCAGGUCUCCGAAGGCCCAGGCUACAGCUCAUGUGGUGCUGUCUCCUUGCUCAGCAGAAAGGCGCUGAUGAAACCGGCCACGUUCUGGGGAUGGUUCAGGUGGACGUAAUGGUUGUCCGGGACUUCUACGUACUGGAACCGCUGGAGAGGGGAGGGGAUGCUUGGUGAGGCAUGGCCCUUCUGGUGUGCUGGGGCCUUCCCAGGGCUUGCUACCUCCCAGUGGUUCCAAAGGGUGCCUCACAGUGAACCACCGGGCAGACUCUGACCCCCAGCUCCCCGGUCACACACUGGCUAAGUCAGAGCCUGGCUCAGAGUCCGCGAGAAGGGCCUGAUUCAGGGGGAGAAAUGUGCAAACCCUGGCCUUCUGGGCCAUUCCGAGUUGUGAGGUUGUAGAGCUAGGCAUGGGAGGUGCCGGUAGUUCAGGGUGUAAGGUCAGCUUGAAAGAACCAGCAGCCUUUCAAACCUGAUCCUCCCUGGGAGACAGGAAGGCACCGCAGACUGGUCACGUACAGGCUCGCCUUUGGUGGUGACGCCGAGGUCUGCAGAGGCCCAGGGUCAGGUGUUUACAGCAGAUGACGGUCAAAGUGCCAGGUGCUCCCAGGGACAAAGCCCAGGCCCCAGGCCCCACUGAUGAGACUGGUCAUCUGCUCACCCUAGAAAUGAUGGGAUGGCCUUUGGCCAAGCUGGACCUGGGCUGCGGGAUGUAUGUGGACAAUAACACUGGGGCACUCUGCCAAGAAAACGUGUUUCCUGUGCUGAGUUAAAUGUGAGUGCCAGGGGCUGACUGCCAUAGGGAGUGAGGCCGGGUUGCUCCUGCCAGUCACCCAUCAGGCCUGGGGCUGGACCAGAGGCCCUAGUGCAAGGAGUAGGUGAGGACCCUCCUGGACUUCACCCUGGCUGAGCCUCGUGCACCUACCUCCUUUACGACUGAUUUCAGUGUGUCCAUCACAAAAAGCAGGACGUUCCUGUCACUGUCGUUCUCUCUCCUCACAUUAUAAUAUCCUUGGAUUGCCCUGGAAAAUAAAAGAAAAAUCAGGGUUCA